AUGGUCCUGGCUAAGAAGGGUAGCAGAGGCAGAGGUCGAAGAGACGACACCCCUGCUCGAACUCCUACACCGGGUAAGCGACAAAACUUGCCGAUCAGCCCAGAGGAGAUCGCGAGACAAAACGCAAUAAGGCAAACUCUUAGAGACAGGUCACGAAGACCAGUUACGAUGCCGAAUAGCAGUUCAGGCUCAGCGAGUGGGCAAACAACGCCCGAAGAUCAGCCGGGACAAAACGUUCCACCGGUUGCAAGAAACCCGAUUCCGGAGCUCCCAUCUCCGGAUUUGAAUGACUUAGUAAUAGGAGACAACGAAGUUCUGAGCGUAAGACUCCAGGAAUUAACAGCACGCGUAAACAGAUCGGAGAACCAAAUGCAGGGCACAAGUCGGCAACUGGAGGCCAUGCAAGCCAACAUACGGGAAAACACAGGCUUCAUAGCCACGAUGAUCACGACAGUCCCGACGUUACAAGCGACAGUCAUAGACCUCAAGGGCACAAUAUACAACGAAUCAGCAUCUAGACUAAGGGUCGUCGAACAACAAUCGGUGGCAACCCUUCAAAAUUUCCGCCGUGAAAUGAACGGGUCACUGAAUACUGUGGAAAGUGAACUCCGCGGUACGAUAAGAAAUCUGUCACUCCAUAUAGCCGAACUACAAAACAUGCCCACGCAUGGGGCCCUCGAAGAAGCCAUUAGGACCGAGACAAGGGCAUUACUCGACGCCCAAACCGAGGCCCGAGACACGGCACUCAGAGUAUUAACAGACAGACUGAAUCAACUGUACGCAUCAGGGAUAGCAUCUAUGAGAAGGAUUGAAGCCUUAGAAGCGAACAGACCUCACACAAACCCGGCGGCAGCCGCCUCGGCAACGGGAACCAUUCCUAGACCGGCCCGAAGCCUAUGGGACGAACCAACAGAGAGAGAGCCUCCUCGGACAAACAGAUCGGGUGAAGACAGGCAGCCUCCAUCAUAUGACGAACCACCGCCAUCCUAUCACACCACGAUGGGCAACGGAGACGGAUCUAGACAUCAGACAGGUGGCGGGCCAACCGUGUCGGGCGCGUCACGACCGCACUCAGAUCAUAGGAAUCGUCCGGCGGCCGGACCACCCCCCAGAGGGUCACACCGAAGUCUAUCACCAGAUAGAACGGCAAGAGCUCCUCGUCGUGGCCCAGCCAACGACCAAGAAGAGCUGACAGAAGAACUGGCGCAAAUUCGCGACGAGCUAACAACAGCUUAUGCGCGUUAUGGGAGGUCUAGAACAGAGCCAGAAAGACAGGUACAACGGGUUAACUUUAUGGCCAGAUACCAACCAUAUAUAGACACUACAAAAGCGCUAAUGCCGCUGCUCGACCGAGCAGGUAAAGCGAACCUUAGGCAAGAAAUAGCCCGGGUAGAAACAGAGAGAUUGGGCAUUACCCCACAGCAAGGGCAAGCCCAUGCAGCACCGCCGAGAGUGAGGAUUAACCCACAAAAAUUCUCUGGAGACAUCUUGAAAUAUCAUGGUUGGAGAAGCACUUGGGAUACGUACCAUAACAAUCCAAGCUACACAGACAGUGAGAAAAGCCAGAUGCUCGAAGCAGCGUUAGAAGGGGAAGCCAGAACAUCGACAGCAAGCUUUACGUUCUCAGCGGAAAGCUACGCUAACAUCUUACAAGUUCUAGCAGACAGGUUCGGCAACCGAAACCAAGUGAUCGGUAGGCACGAAGCCCUGUUAAGACAAGCAGCAGGCAGGCCACUGGGAGCCGAAAGUACAGCAUUUGAGCUGAGAGAAAAAUAUAUAGAAGUGGCCAACCAUCGUCAAGGUCUACUAGACCAGGGUGUUCUACCAGCCACAUUUGACUCCCACACGGCAGUCGAGAUACUGAGAUCUCUACCCCACUCCAUCACAGAAAGAUGGAGAUUCAACUGGGGAAUAAACAACGCACCAACACUAGACCAAGUCUUACAACAACUUGACGAUUUGAUACAAGUGAAAUCAAGUGAAGAAGCCACACGUCAAGCGUUCAGACCAGCAGUCAUUCAGACAAAUGCAGCCUCAGUUGCAACAGUUAGAUUCAGAGACCAAACUCCUCCUAGAGCGGCUUGUGUUAUCUGCAGUAGUGAAACACACAACUCACAUUUCUGUUCGAUGGGCACAGCAAGAGAUAGGAGACGGGUUAUAAUAGACUCAGAUCGCUGCCUUAGAUGUCUAGGCCAGGGACACAGAUACCACGACUGUCAGUCUCCACAGGCAUGUAAUAACUGUCAAGCCACAUCCCAUGCAACGGUACUAUGCACACUAGAAAGACGUGGAAGAUCUCCAGGCCCACGGCAAAGACCUAGGAGCCGUAGUCAAUCACAGGAGAUUGGCAGAAACAGGUCGCCAAGACCGAGCACACCGGCAUCAAUGUUGCGCCCAGCACAGUCGCCCAGAAGAAACACAGCACAACCUGAACCUGUGAACGAGCAGACUAACGUCGCCAGGUUAGAAGGGACAGACAACGGGCUAGUGACAGCCGGGGUUCUACUAAACUUUACGGCAAAAGCCAGAAUUCACGGAACUGAUGACUGGAUCACGAUCAGGGGAAUUCUGGAUAACGGAAGUGGCAACUCCUUCAUUACGACGGACUUAGCAAAAAGGCUGAACGCAGAAGUCUCAGGCAGGCAAUUAAUCAGAGUAGGCACCUUCGGGUCCCCAACUCCGAUAGAAGGAUACUUGGAUAUCGUACGGAUUUCAGUCGCUGGUCAAGACGACACCGAGCUCGCUCGACUGCUACUAAGAGAAGGCAAAACUUUAGCCGAUACGAGACAUAGAAAACCGUACCACGGAGAGAACAUCGACAUGCUCAUCGGAAACAGUCUCAUGGGAGAGUUUAUUACAAUGGAGGCCCCACGGAAGCAUAACAGGGUCCUAGCCCAGAACACCAUAUUUGGCUGGGCGAUAUCAGGAUCGCUGGAUAACCCCCCAUUGAAAACAGCUACUCUGACAACCAAAGUGGACAUUAUCCCUGAGGAACAACAGAUAUCUAGUGUAGACAAACACUUCAGCGUCUUCUGGACACUAGAGAGUCUGGGAAUAUCCAGACACGAAAAAACUGACCAAGAAUUCAUACAAUGGUACAUCGACAGCAUCGAGUCGGAUAAAGAUGGACGGGCAGUCAUUAAACUACCGUUCAGAGGAGAAAAACAAGAUUAUGACUCUUGUGAACCAAUAGCUAGGAGUAGGAUGCAAAGCUUACUAGUAACCCUAGCUGCCAACCCCGUACACCAAAAACAAUACCAUGAGGUAAUUCAGUCGUAUCUCAGAGACGGAUUUAUAGAAGAAGCAGAUCCCAAUUACGAUGGCCCAGUAGCCUUCGUACCACACGGGCCAAUCUUCCGAGACCAGGCUGAGACAACUAAAGUAAGACCUGUAUUCGAUGGAUCAGUGCAUCACAAAGGACGACGGAGCUUCAACGCGAACCUCGAAGUAGGUCCCAACCUCAACCCAGACAUAAUGGGCAUUCUCAUGAGAUUCCGACAAGACAGCAUAGCUUGGACCGCCGAUAUUGAAAAAGCGUUUUUGCAAAUACGAAUUCAUGACGACCAUUGUCAGAUCGUACGGUUCCUAUGGGUUGACAACCCCAAAGCGAAAAACCCGGUAGUCAAAAUUUAUGUCUGGAAACGACUGCCGUUUGGUCUCACCUCCAGUCCAUUCAUUUUAAGAGCCGUGCUCAUGUGGCACCUAGCGAAGUAUGAGACACAAUAUCCUGGGAUCACAAAUCGAGUCCUCGAUCAAAUCUACGUAGAUGACUGGAUGGGAGGUGAAGAGAAUCCACAGGCGGCAGCCGAUGAGAUAAGGUUAGUGAAUCGGAUACUCAGCGAGAUCCAAAUGAAAUUGUCCAAAUGGACAACAAAUUCUCCGGAAUUAAAAGAACUAUUACGGGGGGAGAUCACAUUCUCCUCAGAACCAUCGAAUCUGGCUAUUAAUGAGGUAUUCCAGCAUACAGACAAAAAAGCACUGGGUAUCCGGUGGGACCCCAGUACCGACAACUUCUCCUUCAAUGCAGAUCAUAUCAUCAAUGAAGCGAUAAGAAUCAAAGACGGGCUAACCAAACGGCAGUUGUUUAGUCUAGCGCUUACGAUGUAUGACCCGCUCGGGCUCAUAAAUCCAACAAUGUUGAACGGGAAAAGGUCGAUGCAAAUCACCUGGUUAUCACCCACUAAAUGGGAUCAACUAGUGACAUCAGAACCUACAGAAACAUGGGAGAAAUUUAUUAAAGGGUUGAAAGACCUUGGUCUAAUAAAAAUUCCCCGGUGGACAAAAAUAGACAAAAAACAGCCUAGCGAGCUUCACAUCUUCUGUGAUGCUAGUGAAACAGGCUACGGAGCGGUGGUAUAUCAAAAGCAAGGCUCGACAAUCGCACUCAUAGCAGCGAAAUCUAAGGUAGCCCCGCUCCCAAAGAAAUCGAUGUCAAUACCUCGGUUAGAGUUGCUAAGUAACGUGAUGGCUACCCUCCUCGGGCAGUACGUACGGGAACAGCAUAGAACAGAUCAUGCAGCACAUAUCUGGACCGAUUCACAAAUCUCGCUCUGCUGGAUCAAAGCCACAGACAAAAACCCAGAGAUAUGGGUACAAAACCGAGUCACUAAAAUCAGGGCGUUUGGAGCAGAAUCACACUUCUGCGAAGGGACACAAAACCCAGCCGACUUAUUAUCCAGAGGAGCUUCAGCCAAAGAGCUUGCCCAGUCAAAAUGGUGGACAGGUCCAAACUGGCUACCUAAGUAUGAUGAAUACAAACCCUUGGAAACAACGGUUUCUCACAUCAGAACAGACAUGAUAAGACCAAAGCAUCCGAUAUGGUAUUUAGAAUACAGCGAAUGGACAAGAAUCGUCAGGAUACGAGCUAUGCUCACCAGAGCUAUUGACGCCUUCUGUGGGCGAAAAGUUUUUUCCGACAAAAAACAUGAAGUAGAUGAAUACUGGUUAGCGGACGCGGAUCCUCAAUCAGAUAGCUACCGGUAUCUGACAAUCAGAAAAUUCGUCAGGCUACAGGAUCACGAAUUGCUCCGAGCCACGUACGACGUAUUGCGGCAAGCGCAAAGAGAAUCAUACCCAGAGGACUAUGAGGCCAUCAUCAACCAAGAAACUCCGACAGAUAAGCUGUUUAAGAAACUCAGACCGAGAUUCGAUACAACCAACCGAGUAAUCCGGUGUGUCGGAAAACAGCAAGCGCUCCUCGCACACUAUAAAGAGGACGCACUAGUUCUACUCCCACCAGAUCACUAUCUAUCAACAGUAUUGAUACGAGAUAUACACAAGAGAGUCGGUCACCUAGGCAUGGCUACAAUGAUCACAGCAAUCAGGGUCGACUACUGGCUCCCAAGACAUGUGCAAGUCAUCAGAAAAAUCUUAGAUCAAUGCGUACCCUGUCAAAGACAGAAUGCCACAUCUUGUGACGAGAUUCCGUCACAUCUACCUAUACAAAGACUAAGGACUGAAGACCCGUUUUCAGUCACUGGAGUAAACUUUGCCGGGCCAUUCCAAGUCUUGGUAACCGAACCUUCAGCCGGCCCACCGGUAUUACCCAAAGAGACAGCCCCAGGUAUUUCAGGAGCCAAGAAGUUCGAACACAUAACCCCAAAAAUAGCUGGUCAAAUACAACAUGUAUACAUCCUCCUGUUUACAUGCGCAACCACACGAGCAGUACAUCUAGAAGUCACAAGAAACAAGAGUACAGCCGCCUUUAUCAAUGCAUUCAGACGCUUCUGCGCCUUGCGCUUCAAACCGAGAACACUAUACUCAGACAACGCGAAAGAAUUCGAAAGUGCAGCUAAGUACCUAAGAAGGUUGUUUGCAAGCCGCCUUAUAGGAGAUUACAUGGCCAAUAAUAACAUUGUCUGGAGAUUCUCGGCAAAACUCUCAUCAUGGUGGGGAGGAUUUUGGGAGAGAAUGGUACGAACAGCAAAAGAAGCACUCUAUAAAACCUUCAAUCCACUACAAAUGGAUUACGACCUCUUCUGUACAGUAGUCACUGAAGUCAGCGACAUCGUGAACAAUAGGCCACUAGCCUAUGUAGCAAAAGACCUAUUUCCAUUGACUCCAAACCAACUCCUCAAAGGAGGAUUUGUGAAUCAAAUGGACACGCAACCACUCGAUGAGGCGUCACUACUGAAUUCAGACACCUCGCACAUAACAGCAAGAGAGAUAGCUCGACGACAGCUAGUAGCCGGUUGGUGGACAGAAUAUCGACCUAGACACCUUAAGGAUUUGAACCGACACUAUGCGGCUCAGAAAAGAAUCAAACCAAUUCAAGUAGGACAAGUCGUAAUCGCAUUUCAACCAAACACCAAACGCAUCGAAUGGCCAGUAGGACGAGUAACUGAAGUAGUGAAAGGCAAAGAUGGAAAGAUACGACGGGUUCAGCUAAUUCUGAUGGAAAAAGGCAAACCCGUAGAAACAGAACGAGCAAUCCAAUGCCUAUACCCACUGGAAGUAGAAGCAGGGACAAUCGAUGCCGACUUCUCGCCAACACCCAGUCUGUACGGGGACUAUGUUACCUCAGCUGGGGAAUUAUGGAAACAAGAUUCCAUGGGGGGAGUGUUGAAUUAUUCAACCGCCCUUGACGCUGAGGGUACGGAAGAUGACACUGAAGUGUUCGGUACGAAACACCACUACGACCCACCACGAAUGCUCGAAGCAGGCCCGAGAGGAAAAUACGACAAGAACGACGGCUCGGAUGAGCAACCAAUGACCGAGCAAGAAGAAGAGAGACGCCGGGAGCUCGAAGAACAGCACGACGUAGGACGGGGAGAAGAUUGGGUCCAAGGCAUUUGGGCCUCAGACCCGGGCAAUGACGAGCCACCACCGUCCAACGGCACCACUAACAGAAACUAA